CUAGGGUUCCGGCGAGGGAGAUCACCGGCCAUGGCGCCGCCACCUCCGCGCGAGCUCCUGGCCGUCGUCGAGGCGGCGUUACUCAGCCCCGCGCCGCCGUCGCCAGCGCAGCGCGUGGAGCUUCUCCACGCCCUCCGCGAUGCCGCCCCCGCCUUCCGGGCGCUCCUCUCGUACCCGGGGCCCAAGGCGUCCGAUCGAACUCAGGUGGAGGCAAAGGAGGUUCGGCUCCCGGACAUGCCACCAAUCACGCUUGAUGACACCGACGUGCAGACUGCCCUUAAGUUGAGUGACGAACUCAAUCUUAAUGAAAUCGAGUGUGUUCGGUUGCUAGUCUCUGCCAACAGAGAGUGGGUUCUAUAUGGUCGAGAGCCACUGGAAAUAUAUAGGCUUGCAGCUGGCCUUUGGUACAUGGAGAGGAGAGAUCUUAUAACUUCUCUGUACAUUCUGUUGCGGUCUGUUGUACUCGACCAAGGGCUUGAUGCUGAUCUGAUGUAUGAAAUCCAAAGUCAAAUGGAGGCUCUUUUUAGCGACGGUCUCCGGCAGCGGAUAAUCACCCUUGUAAAGGAGCUUAAUCGGGAAGAACCGUCUGGCAUUGGUCGACCAAGCUCCGAGAGUUAUGUGCUUGAUUUCAGAGGGGCUCUUGUUGAGAGGCGUGCCAUUGUCUCCCGAGAGAGAUUAAGUUUGAGUCACUGCCUUGCUCUUUCUGCACUUAUCAAACUGAUGGGUCCCAAGGAGGUUAAGGAUACAUUUUCGAUAUUAAAAGACUGUGCAGCUGAAGUAAAUGAAAAUACUAGUGUCGGGCUUCAGAUCACCUACGGCGUUCUGUUCUCUCUUGUAGUGACUUUUGUUUCUGAUGCCCUAAGUACUUCCCAUGAGAAAGCAUCUUUGCCAUCUGAUUCCUCGUUCAGACGUGAAUUUCAUGAGCUAGUGAUGAGGACAUGUAACAAUACCACCGUCGAAGGAUUUGUUGGUAUUGUGCGCCUUGCAUGGACUGUUCUUUUGAUGUUAACACAAGAUCAAAAUAGUGCAAGAGACUCAGUAAUUAAUGCUUCCUCUGGAGUUGUGGCUGAUAUUUGGUCAUGUCUGGAUAUUAUUUGUCGCCUGAAUGCUUUUGAAUUUUUACGGGAGCGUGUUAUGCAAACAGCUGCUUACCAGAAUGAUGACGAUGACAUUGUUUACAUGUACACUGGCUAUGCGCACAAGUUGAUGAUGUGCUUUCUCUCCCAUCCAACUUGUAGAGAUAAGAUAAAGGAAAUCAAGGAAAAAGCAAUGAAUGCUCUCAGUCCAUAUGCUCUACCACGGGAUCAUAGAGAAGAUCUUAAUAUAAGCGGAGAACAGACUGGUCAGCCUACUAAGCAGCCUUUUGUAUCCCUACUGGAACUAGUUGGAGAAAUCUACCAGAAAGAGCCUGAGCUAGUGCAUGGAAACGAGGAACUGUGGACCUUUGUCGUAUAUGUGGGUGAAGAUCACACCAAUACACAAACUCUUGUGGCCUUCCUUGGACUUCUUAGUACUUUGGCUUCCAGUGAAGCUGGUGCUGCCAAAGUCUAUGAAUUGCUCCAGGGAAAAGUUUACCGCUCAGUUGGAUGGAACACUUUGUUUGAUUGCUUAUCUAUUUAUGAAGAAAAGUUUAAGAAAUCCCUUCAAUCUGCCACAAGCAUGUUGCCUGAUUUUCCAGAGGGGGAUGCACAGGCACUUGUUGCGUAUUUAGCUGUCCUUCAGAAGGUGGUGGAAAAUGGAAAUCCAUCUGAAAGAAGGAAAUGGUUCCCUGACAUCGAACCUUUGUUUAAGCUUCUAAGCUAUGAAAAUGUUCCCCCAUAUUUGAAGGGGGCUUUGCGAAACUCGAUCACUGCUUUUGUCAAAGUUUCACCCCAGUUGAAAGAUGCUGUUUGGAGUUAUCUUGAACAAUAUGAUCUUCCAGUGGUUACGGUUUCACCUGGGCAGCACACAGCAACACAGGUCUAUGACAUGAGGUUUGAGUUGAAUGAAGUUGAAGCAAGGAGGGAGAGUUAUCCGUCAACCAUAUCAUUUCUCAACUUGGUCAAUGCUCUCAUUGCAGAAGAAAGAAACAUAAGUGACAAAGGCCGUAGGUUCAUGGGUAUCUUUAAGUUUGUAUAUGAGGAUGUCUUUGGGCCUUUUCCCCAAAGAGCCUAUGGUGACCCUCGGGAAAAGUGGGAAUUAGCACUUGCCUGCUUGGAGCAUUUUCGCCUGGUUUUGCGCAUGUACGACAUAAAGGAUGAUGAUAUUUAUGCUGCUUUUAGCACGUCUGGACCUUCAACAUCGAAUGCGUCAAUUGAGAAACAGCUCCCUGUGCUAGAACUAGUCAAAGAUUUCAUGUGUGGCAAGGUUGCUUUCCGCAAUAUUAUGAACAUCGUAUUAGUGGGUGUUGACACUCUUAUUAAUGAGCGAACUACCCAAACUUACGGGAUUCUUCUGGAGAAAACUGUCCAUCUUUCACUUGAAAUAUUUAUUCUUGUAAUGGAGAGAGAUCUGGUUCUUGCUGAUGUUUUCCGUCCACUCUACCAGCCCUUGGAUGUUGUAUUAUCUCAAAAUCAUAGACAGAUUAUAGCUUUGCUGGAGUUUGUCCGAUAUGAUUAUCUUCCUGAAAUUCAACAGUGUUCAAUAAAAAUCAUGGGCAUCUUGAGUUCUAGAAUAAUUGGGCUUGUACAGUUGCUUCUGAAAGAUAAUGUUUCUAAAUCUGUAAUCGAGGAUUAUGCUGCUUGCUUGGAGUACCGUUUUGAUGAUUUCCAGGUCAUAGAGAACACAAAAGAUGACGUUGGUGUUCUAAUACUACAGCUACUUAUUGACAAUAUUUGUCGUCCAGCUCCCAACAUUACACAUUUACUCUUAAGAUUUGAUGUCAAUGGACCUAUAGAACGAACUGUUCUAAAACCAAAAUCACACUACAGUUGCUUGAAGAUAAUCCUUGACAAUCUCGAAAAAGUGACAAAACCUGAUAUAAACGCCUUACUUCACGAGUUCAGUUUUCAGCUUCUGUACGAGCUAUGUCUUGAUCCUUUAACUUGUGGACCUGUCAUGGAUCUCCUGAGUACAACGAAGUAUCAGUUCUUUUCGAAGCAUGUGGAAACCAUUGCUGUUUCACCACUUCCCAAAAGGAACAUUAAUCAAGCUCUUCGCAUCAGCACUCUCCAUCAGAGGGCGUGGUUGCUAAAGAUGCUAGCUUUGGCACUACAUGUAUCCGAUAUAUCAUCAUCUGUGUAUCGGGAGGCUGUUCUGGCUAUUCUUAAUGACACUUUUGGUCACUGCGCUGAGAACAUGAAGAAUGCAAGCAUGUUCCAAUCUCCCGGCACUCCCAUCAACACUAGCAAUGGACCAAUGAAUAGAAAUAAGGUUUUGGAAUUGCUUGAAGUUGUACAGUUCAGAUGUCCAGACACUUCUAUGAAAUAUCCUCAGUUGCUUUCAAAUCUGAGAGUUGAGUCGAAGAUUGAAGAGAUCCUAAGAAAUUCUGCAACAUCUGAAUUUGGCGGUGUAUAUUAUUUUUCGGAGAGAGGUGAUCGACUGAUUGAUCUGGAUGCCUUCCAUCAAAAACUUAUCCAGAUGUCACAAGAACUGCACACACAGUUGAGCGAGUCUGAGAAAGGCGAGCUAAAGGAAUCAUUCCAUCAUAUGCUGAAAUGGGCCUGGAGAUAUAACAAAAAUCUUGAAGAACAGGCAGCCCAGCUUCACAUGUUGACUAGCUGGUCUCAGACUGUUGAAGUUGCUGUAUCAAGAAGGAUGUCAUUGCUUGAAGACCGUUCACAGUUACUGUUUGAGCUCCUUGAUGCUUCAUUGGGUGCCACAUCAUCUCCAGACUGUUCAGUGAAAAUGGCGUAUAUUUUAACCAAUGUAGCAUUGACCUGUAUGGCUAAACUCCGGGAUGAAAGAUUCGUAUGCCCAACUGGUGCAGAUUCUGAUGCAGUUACUUGCCUUGACAUUAUUUCGGCGAAACAGCUGUCAAAUGCAGCCUGUAACUCGUUGUUGUUCAAGCUCAUUAUGGCAAUAACCCGAAAUGAAUCGUCUGAAACCUUGAGAAGACGCCAAUAUGCAUUACUAUUGAGUUACUUCCAAUAUUGUGGUAGCAUUCUCGACUCUGAUGUUCCUCCAUCAGUUAUUCGUUUCUUGCUACUUGAAGAACAGGAGGGAGAUGACGAUGAACUCACUCUUCAAAAGGUUCUGAAGGAACAAAGUGAAUUAGCACGUGCUAACUUUGCUAUCAUAAGGAAGGACGCUCAAGCAGUCAUUGAUUUGGUUACUAAGGAUGCUAUCCAUGGAAGCGAAGCUGGGAAAGCAAUUUCAUUUUAUGUUCUUGAUUCAUUAAUUAGUAUUGACCAUGACAAGUAUUUCUUAAACCAGCUUCAAAGUCGAGGAAUUCUCAGAUCCUGUCUAAGUGAUGUUAGCAACUAUUUCUCAAAGGACAUGUCAUUCUCCUCAGAGUUUUCACAACGGUUUUGCACUGCUGAUGCUCAGUUUUCGUUACUUCUUAGAAUCAGUCACCAUUAUGGCAAAUAUGGCUCUCAGAUUUUAUUGUCCAUGGGGGCUUUACAAAAUCUUUCAUCAUGCAACCUCUUGGGUUAUCAGAAAAAGGGAAGUUCAAGGCUAAACUCCAAUGUUGUGAAGGAACGAGCUGUGGAAAUUGACAAGAAGCGUUCACUUACUGCACCAGUCCUGCGAAUAGUCACAUCUUUCACAUCACUUGUGGACUCAGCUGAUUUUCUUGAGGUGAAGAACAAAAUUGUACGUGAGAUAGUGGAUUUUGCCAAGCAAAAUCAGUCAAUUUUUAAUAGCAUUUUAAGAGAGAACAUAUCUGGAGCUAAUGCCUUCACCUUGGAGCGGCUUAAUAUGGUGGUUUCUAUUCUCAGCAAGGUAUGGGCAUAUGAGGAAAAUGAUGAAUGCAGCUAUGUCCAAGAUCUGUUCUCAAUGAUGCAUUCUCUUUUUAGUCUUGAUUUUGGGUCUCUGAAUCUCAUUCAAUCACCAAAUAUGAUUGAGAACCAGAAGUCAGAGUUGGUAUUAUUUGGUCUCUGCUUUGGCCUGAUAUCUUACCUAUAUUUUCUGGCUACGAAGAAGAAUAUGCGGUUUCAAAUUUCAGUCGGUGAUAACAGCGAACAUGGUCAGCAGCAACCAACUCUUCAAAUGGUUUCAGAUCUUCUGAACUCUGUAACACUUGCUCUCGAGAGAGUAGGUGAAGAAAAAUAUUUGUUGUUAAAUAAGGUUCGUGACUUGAAUGAGUUAUCUAGGAAGGAGGUCGAUGAGAUAAUAAAAGUAUGCAUGAAGCAAGAUUGCAUCUCGCCCAACGAUAACAUCCGUAAAAGGAGGUAUAUUGCAAUGAUAGAUUUGUGUUGCAUGGCUGGCAACCGAGACCAACUUAUAACACUUCUACUCCAAGUCGCUGAAUGUGCCAUCACUAUUCUCCUCGUUCAUUUUCAUGAUGAAGCUUGUGCGGAAGAUCUGUCUUCAUUUUCUGAUGAACUACUCCCUAUAUUGGAAAGGCUAGAGAAUCUAAAAGAGGACAAGGUUGGACGUAAUCUCAAGUUGUUCCACAGAUCUGUUAGCACUCUGAAAGAGACAACUGUAAGAAGCAUGGCCAUGUGAGAAAUGUCAGGGAGCUGUAUACAAUACAAAUGUCUGUAGGAUAAGUGUAGUUUGCUAGAUUUCUAGCUGUGUAACAUUGUUGUUGUAUAAAGACACAUGUUGUAACAAUUGCCGCCCUAGUGAGAUGCCAAUUUUUUGCUGUGGUAUGCUGAUCAGGAAUCAAAUCAAGUUGUAAAUGGAUCCCCUCCACUUCCCAAGAUAUGGGGCAAUUUGGCUGUCUCAAGAUUCAGGAUUUGGAGGAUUUAUUGUCAAAACUGCAUA